CUGGCACUGCACAAUGUCGUGUAUGUGUAUGUGGUAGUAGACUAGUAGUAGUGUCCUUGCAUUGGGCGGUGCCGCACGAUGGGCAGGAGGCUGCCGGCGCUGUGCGGCGGCGGCGGCGGCCGGGCGGCGGCGACGCGGGUGAGGAGGAAGCGGGCGGCCUGCUCCUCCGCCCCGCCCUCCAAGCUCACCGUCACCGUGGCGGCGCUGGCCGGCGGCGGCGGCAAUAAUAAGGCCAGUAAGGGUACUAGCAGUCCAGGAUGCUACGUCGAUGGCAACGGCGCGCUGAUGGUGGAGGUGGGCGGCGCGGCGGGGGCCGGCAGGAGGAAGGACGGCGGCGGGCGGCGGGUGAUGGUGCUGGCCGACGGCCGCGCCGAGGCGGCGGGCGCGCUGCAGUGGGCGCUGUCGCAGGCCGUCCGCAGCAACGACACCGUCAUCCUCCUCGCCGUCGUCAAGCCGGUCGCCCAACACGCUGUCAGCGAUUCGUGUGUCAAGAUGCUGGGGACGAAGAGCCAGCAGCACCUCGACGCGUUCAAGACCCUCUGCGAAUCAACAAGGCCAGAGGUGAAGGUGGAGACGUGCGCGGUGGAGGCGGAGGAGCGCGCGCCGGCUGUGGUGGAGGCGGCGAGGCGGCACGGCGCGUCGCUGCUCGUGCUGGGCCAGCGCCGGCGCCGCGCGGUGGCGCGGUGGCUGCAGGCGCUGUGGCGGCGGCGGCGGCGCGGGGGCUCCCCCGGCGGCGCCGGCGGGAUGGUGGAGCACUGCAUCGAACACGCGCCGUGCGUGGCGCUGGCCGUGCGGCGGAGGAGCUCCGGCGGCUACCUCGUCUCCAGCAAGCGCCACAAGGACUUCUGGCUCCUCGCCUAAUCGUCCCAACUCAUUAUCGAUCGAUCAGCAGCUUCCUAUUCUAUUGAAAUGUGAAAAAAAAAAUUGUCAGCUGGUAUAAUAGCUGCUAUCAUGAGCGAGUUUGGCUAAUGGCUAUCGUUAUCUGGCUGGUGAUGCAUGAUGUAACGAAAAUAGCAAUCCAACGGGCCGGAAACAGUUUUAACCAAUGCAAACUGCAAGUUGAUUCAAAAGAACUGCUCGGUGUGGUGUGUAAAGCACUCAA